AUACCGGAAUCUUCGGAGGCUAUAUCACAUCUAGCCCUAGACUGUUCAACUGUGAUCGAAGGCCUUUGCAAACUAUAUGGUGAUUGCUUAUUUAUACAAAGUGUCAUCGUGAACGGAUCUGUUUGAUCUGCCGCUAACUUGGACGCUAAUCUCAUCCUUGCAGGCUUCUCUCCGACUGGAUGUAUUCUCACGAGAUUAAGCCGGGAUCGAGCUAGUGAAUUUUGCUGUAUUCCUCUGCUGGAGCAGGUUUUUUAACCCAACAUCUCCAAUAAACUGAAUUUUAAUCCUGUAAAACAGACAGGAUAAACCAUUUCCUGUCGACUGGCCUGUUUAAUAGGAUUUUCGUACUGUUUACGAGUGACCAUGCAAUUCUAGUUUCUUUCGUGAAGCCGUCAGAAUCAUUAAAGAGGGAUUUGUUCACAACAGUUAUGCUUUGUCUACAAAGCUCAAUGGUACAAUUUACUUAUUUGUUUUAAAGGGAUCUUUAAUGAUAAAGGAACUACAAAAUUUUAUACGUAACAAUUGUGAUGGAAAGUCUCAUUACAUUGUGGAACUGAUGUAAGAUAAAGAAUUCAUUAAACGUAUCCAUCGAUUUUAACACUGUUUGGGAAUAUCGGCUCACUGUUGAUAAAACCGUGUCUUCUAUUGAAGGAUCGCUAGUUUACGGCAUUAUUUCCGAUCCUGUACUUACUUCACUUAGGAGAGCCAUAAAUCAGUGUGCGUUUAAUUUACAAAUUAUCAUUUAUGACCGAAUAGGCUGGACUAAAGCAAAAGUGUUACUUGGAGAAGACUUGCCAAACAGAUAUCAUGAGUUUAGAAAUUCCGGAUGGGUUAGGAGAUCUCCUGCGUGAUUUUACUGUGGCUGUCUUGCGUGAUAAGCCAAACGAUCUCUACGAUUUUGCAGUGGAUUAUUUCUCCAAGGUUAAAGAAACCAGGAAACCGAAAUCUAUUCCAAUGUAUGUGAUUGUGGACGAAGACGACGAAGGGGCAGGGGAACCAGAUAAGGAACAGUUUAAACCUAAAACUAGGAAGUAUAAUCGUUAUGCCAGGCGUCAGUCGGUGUCCGCCGAAAGGUACGACCCGGAAGCGGAUGACGAUGAUGAGGAUAAGGUUAUUUAUCCAAAAACGGACGAACAACGAGAACGCCUGACAGAGGCUGUGUGUGGCAUUCUUCUUUUCAGAUGUUUAGAGCCAGAACAGAUGCAAGAUGUCAUCGACGCCAUGUUUGAGAAGUCGGUAAAACCCGGUGAGUAUGUUAUUCACCAGGGGGAUGAUGGAGACAAUUUUUACGUCAUAGAUCAUGGUCUUUAUGAUGUUUUAGUCAAUGUAAAUGGUCAAGAGAAAAAAAUUCAUCGUUUUGACAAUAAAGGAAGUUUUGGAGAACUAGCUUUGAUGUACAACAUGCCACGUUCUGCGUCUAUUGUAGCCGUAUCCGAUGGUGUUUUAUGGGCCAUGGAUAGAAACUCAUUCCGUAGGAUAAUAUUGCGAAGUGCAUUCAAAAAGAGAAAAAUGUAUGAAGAACUUCUAGAAAAUGUCACAAUGCUGAAAUCCUUAGAACCGUAUGAACGAAUGAAUCUUGCAGACGCAUUGGUGACCAGAAAUUAUUCAGACGGAGAAACAAUCAUAGCUCAAGGUGAUGAAGCGGAUGGUAUGUAUUUCGUGGAAUCAGGGAUGAUCAGAGUUACUAUAAAUCAUCCAGAUGGAGGGGAAGAGGAAGUAGGGCGCCAUGGCGCCGGAAAGUACUUCGGAGAACUUGCUCUUAUAGAAAACAAACCAAGAUCAGCCAAUGUAUACGCCAUAGGUAAAGUAAAAGUUGCAUUUUUAGAACGUGAUUCUUUUGAAAGACUUUUAGGACCAUGUCUUGACAUUAUGAAAAGAAAUUCAGAAAUUUAUAAGAAUUAUACGGAAACAUCUUAAAGUGUGCAAUGUAUGAGAGAAAUUCAUAUUCAUGAUGAAACAAUGGAUCAUAGCAACUUUGAAAAUUUCAUAGACACCAAAGUAACCAUUACUUCUCUAUAGAUAUCUACACAAUACCGUGUACAUGUACACUGAUUCUUCAAAUUGACAUUGAAAAUGUUGCUGAAAACAUGUACGGAGGUUAUAAAUCUAUUCUAACGUUGAAUCAAGCGGGAUCAAGAAUAACCAGUUAAGCUUUGAUUUGCACCCUUCCUGUAUUCUAUCUAGCUGACAUUCUUGAUUUCUGCAACGUAAGUGUUCGUUUUUUUAACAGCUGGGGAAAACGAUGUGGUGUACUUGAUAAUAAUGGCUAGAGCACUUGGAAUUGAACUUUUUCCCAAUCAUCUUCCUAAUUGAAGUAGUGUAUGUAUUGAUUUUGUAUUACUCCUUCUCCCCCUAUAAAGUAUUCAUGCAUUGCAUCCGACAGUCAACGUUACGGUGCUUCAAGGUGUUAUUAAUUGACAAUUAAUUUGAAUUUGUGAGUAACUGCAUAUCAAUAAAUUAUUUUUUGUUUACCAUUUGAAGUCGAACUGUCAAUAAAUAAACUGUUGUCACUGUGGAAAUUGUAUAUUUUCAGCAGUGUGUUUUGUGACAUUUUGUCAUUUGAUCUUUAUAUUUUCUAUUGGAUACAAUACACAUCUCAAGGGAUGCUAUUUAUUUUAGUAUCAAAUGACUCCAGUAUGACAAUACUUAGUGAUACUAUUCAUAUGGUAAUUGAAAUAUUUCUAUAGCAUGAAAUAUUUACAUAUUUUGAUCAGUAAAAAUAUCAAUAUUGUUGCAUUGUGGAACAUCUUGAAUAACUGUCAAACAUUAAAAAAAUCGGAAAUUU